AUGGAUGAUAAAAUUAUUUAUCGUGAUACUCUUCGAAAACGUAAAAACAGAAAGGAGAAAACAUCUAGCCUAUAUGAGGCACGUGUUACUAAACAACGUGAGAAAACUUGCGAAAAAAAAGUAACGGAAACCACUGAAGAACAGGAGACGCGACUCUCACGUGACCGAGAAAGAAAAUGCAAAAAAUUGGCAACAGAGACUGACAAACAACAUGAAGAACAUCUAAAACAUUGUCAAAUGAACCCGUAG